UAUUCGGUGUAGGCUGAACCAAAUAUUCCGCGAAACUUGCGAAUAAAUAAUAAAUAAAAUGGAUCAAGAAAAGUUUGAAAGUGACAACACAAAGAAUUGUAUAUUACAAUCUGAAGUCCCUGAUAUGUGCAAAACAGAGCCAUGUUGGCUUGGAAUUGACGAGGCAGGAAGAGGGCCAGUUUUAGGGCCUAUGGUUUAUGGGACAUGUUACAGUCCAGUCUCAAAGAAAGAGGAACUCAAAGCGCUUGGAUUUGCUGAUUCAAAAACUUUAACUGAAGAGCAGAGAGAUUCCAUAUUUGAGCAGCUUUCUGGUGCAAGGGAGAUAAUUGGCUGGAUGGUGGAGCUUCUCUCCCCUACAUACAUCUCCAACAGCAUGCUGAGGAGGUCUAAAUACAAUCUAAAUGCCCUGUCUCAUGAUUGCGCAAUCGGACUCAUUGAGAAGGUGCUUGCUGCUGGUGUACAAGUCAGUGAAAUCUACGUAGAUACGGUUGGAGAUCCAGGGAAGUACCAAGAGAAGUUGAAGGGUCUGUUUCCAGGCAUAGACAUCACCGUGGCAAAGAAGGCAGACGCUGAUUAUCAGAUUGUGGGAGCAGCUAGUAUAUGUGCAAAGGUUGCAAGAGACAAAGCAGUAAAGAACUGGACAUUUAUAGAAGGACUGCAGUUUGAAGGGAACAACUAUGGCUCGGGCUACCCUGGAGAUCCCAACACCAAGAAGUUCAUGGCUGAGAGUUUAGACAAGGUGUUUGGAUUUCCACAGUUUGUGAGGUUCAGCUGGUCGACAGCAUCCAAAAUCAUUGAGAAACAGGGUGUCACCUUCAGAUGGGAAGAUGAUGAAGAGGAAGAGAACAAGAAGAACACACAGUCACUCACCAAGUUCAUGGGUGGAAAGAAGGACCCCCUAGCCCAGAGACAUCGCUACUUCAGGGACAAGUGCCUCAACUCUGUCACCGAAUUGUAGCCUAGCAACCGUGCCAUGGGGCUGUGUUCUCAAAACUGAUUUUCCAGGAGUAAUAGCUUAGCAACAAUGACACGGUGAUGUGUUCUUCAUUCUGAUCUCCAAGGGGCUAUAGCAUGACGAUGCCAUCGCCCUGUGUUCUAAAAACAAAACUAAUUUUCAAGAAGUUGUAACCUAGUAACAAAGCUAGGGAUGUGUUCUUAACACUGAAUUUCAUUGAUUUGUUGCCUAGUGAUAAAAUAGGGAUAUAUUCUGAAAACUGAUUUGUAACUAAAAUGUAAUCCCACAUGCCAAGUGUGGAGCCACAUGAAAAUGUGGCCUUGGUUUUUACAAAGUGAUUGUGCAGUAACGGUAAAUGUCUUUGGACAAAAAUGUUUAAUUUUGUGUUUCAUGCAAGGUUUUGUGUUUAAGUAGGUCAAGACUGGUGUCUUGCCAGAAAAUGAACAAGUGGAACAUUUAUCACUUAUGAGUAUUAAGGUAGUGCACCUCUAAUGAUUUCCCGCGAUUUAUUUUACGAUCAUUGUCGAUCUUCAAAGAUCGAUUAUUUCCGAGAGAUGCAUUUUAUUUUUUUCAAAGUUCGAAUUUUGUUAUAUGUUUACGUAAUUCCUUUAGAAUACAUUAUUUUCACAAUAAAUAUUGACUUUGAUCCAAAUAUCGUCUGAAAAAAUACGAUUUCGCGAUUUCUUCAAAGAUUGGCGAGCCUUUUUACCUGUUUACGUAUGCAUAUCUAAUUUAAGCUUGCGCAAAUGUGAAGUUGUCGUGGCCUAGUGGUUAAGGCGAUGGACUAUAAAUCUUUUGGGAUCUUCCCGCGCAGGUUCGAAUCCUACCGACAUCGCAUAGUUUUUGCGACACGUUUUAUUUCUUUUCUAACGUAAUUUGAUUCAAUGCAGCAUAUAUGCUAUGUUUAGUUGUUUAAUAUGUUGAAAUUUGUAUGCACAUCCUUCAAUUUUUUAAAUUAAAACAAUGUUAUGGCUAAAUUGGGUGAUUUACUGCUGAAAAUACGGAUGAUGCAUGUUGAAUUUUUAUUUCAAAAAGUAAACUGUAAAUUUGUCUAUUUCUUGGUAUUUUUGCUGUAUUUAGUGUUUCUAUAAAAACUAUGUUUAAAAUAUAACUUAAAUGGUACUAUUUUGAAUUUUAUGACACUUUGUUUUUAACCGACCCAAUUUUUACUUGGCUGAAAUCACUUACAUUUCAUGGCGCUCUUCCAUAGAUAAAAAUUUGUAAAAAUUAAAUGUCUGUAAAAGAAUACUUAUUUAAUCUUGUUUAAAUUUUAAACACCUUUACUGCAUCUAUACACACCAACAGCAUGCCCAUAUUUAGAAAUUUGAAUGAAUUAUGGAACUUUUAUAUACCCCAGGGGUAAAAACUGUACAAAAGCUGAGCGUGGGGGUGGUUUUGAAAAAAACGGUAUAUUUUUUUUAAAAGCACGGAAAGCCUACCUACAAAUUUGCAUGUAGUUCAGUGAAAUGAUGCUGAUUAAGAAAAUAAUUAAUUAGAUUAUAUUUGGAUAUGUGCCCAUUAGAGGUGCACUACCUUAAAUACACAAUGUUUUCUAUAUACACCAUUGUUAAAUUGUUUUUUAUUUGGAAAAGUAAAGGUGAUAAAAUUUAUAUGAAUAAACAUCAAUAGCUCUGAAGUUGGUGUUAGUAUGCAUUGUGUGAUAACAAGGUAAACAUUUCCGAAUUUUGAAUAAAUCACAAAUUUGA